AUGUGCCCGCUGUUAGCGCCUGUUUGGUUUAAAACGGCUCAACGGGUGCCUGGCAGUUACUUGCGGGAAAGAAGGGGACGAAGGAUCCAUAACGGGUUUGCACAAAAGGGGAAAGAGACACCGGGGCCCGUUUUCGACAAAGGUGCCGUUUCAGAUUCUCCCUGUUUGUCCGUUCUACUCCUUUCACUGCCGCCUCUCGACCUCUCGCUCCUGGUGCCUGGUGACCUCGUCGAAAACGUCGUCCAAUGUCAUCCAAAGCAGGCUCCAAACGUCUCCAGAUUUGAAACAAAUAUCGGGGGGAACCAUUUCGACCACCAGAUGCAAGGAAAGGAGCCACCAUAUCCACCAGCGAUCUACACACAAGAUUAA